GCCCCUCUCCCUGCCCUCGCGCAACUGUCAGGCGAAACGGGCCCGCGCAUAUUGGCUCGGCGACACGCCGAGGCUCCUCCCCGAGUCUGGAUCUUUAUAUUUUGGGAGAAUUUCUUUGAACUCAGUUAGCAAGCUCGGUGAAGGAGGCAAGUUCCCACAGCCGGCUCGGUAGAAGGGGUCCGCGCGCCGACCCAGGCGAGGCAGCGCGAGGGCUCGCCCACCUUCCCCGCAGCGGCCGUGCGUCCCGAUCCUAUUCCUCUUUUCCCUCGUGGAGAACGGAGGACUUACUUGAUUGAGGAAAAUGCCAAUGAUGUGAAUGUGACCAUGAAAAGAGAACGUGUGACUGGAGGAGGCAGAAGAGGAUGAGGAAAAGCGUUAUUUGAAGAGAAGAAUAAGCCAGCCACUCCAACGUUUUCUGCAAAUUGGUGCUACUACUUCUGGGGUCCAUUUGCUUUUUAUUCUUUCUAACCCACAAUUAAGAAAUCUUGAUUUGAGGGCCAAGAGACAACCUCUUACAAUUGGGGGACGCUUCUGGUUGGCAGAUCUUUUGGAUGUAACAUUAUUGGAACAUUUAGACUCUCCUCGGGAAAAGCCACCAUGAAUUCGGUAGCUGGGAAUAAAGAGAGGCUUGCGGUCUCCAACCGGGGCAAGAAAUACGGGGUGAAUGAGGUCUGCUCGCCCACCAAGCCCGCGGCUCCCUUCUCCCCUGAGAGCUGGUACAGGAAAGCGUACGAGGAAUCGCGCGCUGGGAGCCGGCCUACCCCCGGGGGCGCAGGCUUGGCCGGGCUGGUUGGGACCCCGUCCCCCGGCUCGGGCACCUCGUCCCCGAGCUCCUUCACCGGAUCCCCGGGUCCCGCCUCUCCGGGCAUCAGCACUAGCUCACCGGGCUCCUUGAGCGGCUCGCCGGGCUUCGGCACCGGUUCCCCGGGCUCUGGCAGCGGCGGCGGCUCCUCCCCCGGCUCGGACCGCGGCGUCUGGUGCGAGAACUGCAACGCCCGCCUGGUGGAGCUGAAGAGGCAGGCUCUCAAGCUGCUCCUCCCGGGGCCCUUCCCGGGCAAGGAUCCUGCUUUCUCAGCUGUGAUUCAUGACAAGCUCCAGGUCCCCAAUACCAUCCGGAAGGCAUGGAAUGACCGAGACAACCGCUGUGACAUUUGUGCCACACACCUGAACCAGCUGAAGCAGGAGGCCAUCCAGAUGGUGCUGACUUUGGAGCAGGCAGCUGGCAGUGAGCACUAUGAUGCUUCACCUGGAUCACCACCACCACUCUCCAAUGCCUCCACCCUGGUGGGGUCACGGCAUGGGGGUGGGCUCCAGCAGCCCAGGGAUUGGGCCUUUGUGCCUGCCCCAUAUGCCACCUCCAACUAUACAGGCCUUGUCAACAAGCACAGCAGCAAGCCCAAUAGCCUUGGGGUCAGCAAUGGGGCAGAAAAGAAGAGUGGAUCCCCCACCCAUCAGGCCAAGGUCAGCCUCCAGAUGGCCACAAGUCCCAGCAAUGGGAACAUCCUUAACUCGGUGGCCAUUCAGGCUCAUCAAUACCUGGAUGGCACCUGGUCCCUUUCAAGAACCAAUGGAGUCACCCUGUACCCUUACCAGAUCUCCCAACUGAUGACAGAGACAAGUCGGGAGGGCCUGACAGAAGCAGCUCUGAACCGCUACAAUGCAGACAAGCCAGCGGCCUGCAGCGUCCCCGCCUCACAGGGCUCCUGUGUGGCCAGUGAGACUUCCACAGGCACCUCGGUGGCUGCUUCCUUCUUUGCAAGAGCUGCUCAGAAGUUAAAUCUGUCUUCCAAAAAGAAGAAACAUCGACCUUCUACUUCUUCUGUUGCUGAGACACCUCUCUUUGCCACCAGCUUCAGUGGGAUUCUGCAGACCUCCCCUCCCCCAGCCCCACCCUGUCUGCUGAGGGCUGUCAACAAGGUGAAGGACACUCCAGGCCUGGGCAAGGUGAAAGUCAUGCUUCGCAUUUGCUCCACGUUGGCUCGUGAUACCUCAGAAUCCAGCUCUUUCUUAAAGGUGGACCCUCGGAAGAAGCAGGUCACCUUGUAUGAUCCCUUGACUUGUGGAGGUCAAAAUGCCUUCCAAAAGAGAAGCAACCAGGUCCCUCCUAAGAUGUUUGCCUUUGAUGCAGUUUUUCCACAAGAUGCUUCACAAGCUGAAGUGUGUGCUGGAACCGUGGCAGAGGUGAUCCAGUCUGUGGUCAACGGGGCGGAUGGCUGCGUGUUCUGUUUCGGCCAUGCCAAGUUGGGAAAAUCCUAUACCAUGAUUGGGAAGGACGAUUCCAUGCAGAACCUUGGCAUCAUUCCCUGUGCCAUCUCUUGGCUCUUUAAGCUCAUCAAUGAACGGAAAGAAAAGACGGGAGCCCGUUUCUCUGUUCGGAUCUCAGCCGUAGAGGUGUGGGGGAAAGAAGAGAACCUGCGGGACCUUCUAUCUGAGGUGGCCACUGGCAGCCUGCAGGAUGGCCAGUCCCCGGGCGUAUACCUCUGCGAAGACCCCAUCUGUGGCACACAGCUGCAGAACCAGAGUGAGCUGAGGGCCCCCACUGCAGAGAAGGCGGCUUUCUUCCUGGAUGCUGCCAUUGCUUCCCGUCGGAGCAAUCAGCAGGACUGCGAUGAAGAUGACCACCGCAACUCCCACAUGCUCUUCACCCUGCACAUCUACCAGUACCGGAUGGAGAAGAGCGGGAAAGGCGGAAUGUCUGGAGGUCGCAGUCGCCUGCAUCUCAUUGAUCUUGGCAGCUGUGUGAAAGCUCUUAGCAAAAAUCGAGAAGGAGGUUCAGGGCUGUGCCUCUCAUUGUCUGCACUGGGCAAUGUCAUCCUCGCUCUGGUCAAUGGCAGCAAACACAUCCCAUACAAAGAGAGCAAGCUCACCAUGCUGCUUCGGGAGUCUCUGGGGAACAUGAACUGUCGCACCACCAUGAUCGCUCACAUCUCUGCCGCAGCUGGGAACUAUGCAGAAACCCUGUCUACCAUCCAGAUCGCUUCAAGGGUCUUGAGGAUGAAGAAGAAAAAGACGAAGUACACGUCGAGCUCCUCUGGUGGAGAAAGCUCCUGUGAGGAAGGCAGAAUGCGCAGGCCCACCCAGCUGAGACCCUUCCAUACCAGAGCCACGGUGGACCCCGACUUCCCCAUUGCGCACCUGUCCAGUGAUCCUGACUACUCCUCCAGCAGCGAGCAGUCUUGUGACACUGUCAUCUACAUCGGGCCUAAUGGCACAGCCCUCUCCGACAAGGAGCUCACCGACAAUGAGGGCCCCCCAGACUUUGUUCCCAUUGUGCCUGCCCUGCAGAAGACCAGAGGUGACAGCCGGCCCACAGAGGCAGGAGAGGCUGCAGCUAGCAAAUCAGAAAGGGACUGCUUGAAGUGUAACACAUUUGCUGAGCUUCAAGAGAGACUAGACUGCAUUGAUGGCAGCGAGGAGCCCAGUAAGUUUCCUUUCGAAGAGCUGCCUGUACAGUUUGGGGCAGAGCAGGCGAGCAAAUGCCCCUCAUUAAGCCAAGUGGCUGGGGCAAACUCACUUUCUGAGUCGGAUAAGGAAGACAACGGGUCAGAUGGCCCUCUGACUGAUCGGGAAGGCACAGACAACCUGGCCUGUAAGAUGCAAAGGAAUCACUCCCCUGUGCCUGCCACAGCACGCAGCAGCAGCCCCACCCCAGCCUCACCCCGAAGCAUCCCAGGCAGCAGCAGCCAGAUGGUGCAGAGCCCCAGCCUCCAGAGCAGCCGGGAGAGCCUGAACUCCUGUGGCUUCAUGGAGGGCAAGCCCAGGCCCAUGGGCUCCCCCCGGCUGGGCAUUGCCAGCCUGUCCAAGACCUCUGAGUACAAACCCCCUAGCUCUCCUUCCCAGAGAUGCAAAGUCUAUACCCAGAAAGGGGUCCUGCCAACCUCUGCCCCACUGCCACCCCUGAGCAAGGAUUCUGGCAUGGUCUCUAGCGAGUCCUUGCUGCAGCCUGAGGUACGUACCCCUCCAGUUGGAAUGAGCCCCCAGGUUUUGAAGAAAUCUAUGUCUGCUGGAAGUGAGGGGUUCCCAGAAACCCCUGUUGAGGAUGAGCAUCAGGCAGCAUCUCCCCCAGACUCCAAGAAGGAGAUCCUGAGCACCACAAUGGUGACCGUGCAGCAGCCAUUGGAGCUGAACGGGGAGGACGAGCUGGUGUUCACGCUGGUGGAGGAGCUGACCAUCAGUGGGGUCCUGGACAGUGGCCGCCCCACCAGCAUCAUCAGCUUCAAUAGUGACUGCUCUGUGCAGGCCUUAGCCUCAGGCUCCCGGCCUGUCAGCAUCAUCAGCAGCAUCAGCGAGGACCUGGAGGGCUACUCCAGCAUGGCUCCCGUCUCUGAGGUGAGCAUCACACAGUUCUUGCCCCUUCCGAAGCUGAGCCUGGAUGGGAAGGCCCGGGAAACAGGCAGCAGGCGUUCCUCCAUCAGCUCCUGGCUAAGCGAGAUGAGCACCGGCAGUGAUGGCGAGCAAUCAUGUCACAGUUUCAUAGCCCAGACAUGUUUUGGGCAUGGGGAGGCCAUGGCAGAACCUCCAGCCUCGGAGUUUGUUAACAGCAUCCAGAACACUGCUGUGGUGUGCAGAGAGAAGCCCAAGGCAGGCCCUGACAACCUGCUCAUCUUGUCUGAGGUCGGGGAAGACUCUUUCAACAAAGCCACCCCCAUCAAAAGCUGCAAAAUAUCCACACUGGGCAAGGCCAUGGUCACCAUCUCCAAUACAGCCAACCUGAGCAAUUGCGAAGGGUACAUCCCCAUGAAGACCAACAUCACAGUUUACCCCUGCAUCGCCAUGAGCCCUCGGAACGUGCAAGAGCCUGAGGCUUCUACUGCCAUCUCCAAAACAGCUGCCAGAGCAGCCCCGUCCCAGGAGAGUAAAGAAACCAGUGCAAAGAAAGAGAUGAAAUUUGAGGACCCCUGGCUGAAACGAGAAGAGGAAGUGAAAAAAGAGAAUGCUUUUCCCAGUGAAGAAGGGAUUAGAUAUGAGACUGCCACAGGCCCCACUAAGCCUGAGACCAGGCCAGAGCAAGAACAGGAUAGGAAGCCCAGCCCGGGUGACAGGCUCAGCAGCAGCAGUGGAGAGGUAUCUGCCUCCCCAGUGACUGACAACUUCAAGAGGGUUGUGGAUGGCUGUGAGAUGGCUCUGCCUGGUUUGGUGGCCCAGAGCCCAAUGCAUUCCAGCAAAAGCCUGAAAUCCAGCAGCCUUCCUAGAGCAUUUCAGAAAGCCAGCAGACACGAGGAGCUGGACAGCCUCUUCUACCACUGCAGUGCCGACACCAAUGGUCUGGGGACAGCAUCAGGCACCCAGGCCUCUAAGGCAACCCUGGAGCGCAAGGUGGCUUCACCCAAGCAUUGUGUUCUUGCCCGGCCUAAAGGGACUCCCCCUCUGCCUCCUGUCCGCAAGUCCAGCUUGGACCAGAAGAACCGGGCCAGCCCCCAGCACAGUGCCAGCAGCAGCAGCACCAGCAGCCCCUUGAACCAGCCAGCCACCUUCUUGGCCAGCUUCCCUGAUGAGCCCAGCAGCAAGAUGAAGGACGCCAGUAGCAGCAGCAAGCUCUUCAGCGCCAAGCUGGAGCAGCUGGCCAGCAGGACCAACUCUCUUGGCAGAACAACAGUCAGCCACUACGAAUGCUUGUCGCUGGAGAGGGCCGAGAGCCUGUCUUCCAUGAGCUCGCGACUGCACGCUGGCAAAGACAGCACCAUGCCCCGUGCUGGCAGGAGCCUGGGCCGCAGCAGUGCAGGGGCCUCACCACCCAGCUGCAGCGCCACCCAGUCAGCAGGGGCGUCGCCCAAGGCCAGCCAGUCCAAGAUUUCAGCUGUGAGCAAGCUCCUCCUGGCCAGCCCCAAAACCCGCAGCCUGUCCACCCCCACCACCAAAACCCUCAGCUUCUCCACCAAGUCGCUGCCUCAGUCAGUGGGCCAGAGCUCCAAUGUGCCCCCCAGCGGGAAGCACAUGUCCUGGUCCACCCAGUCUCUCAGCAGGAACCGAAGCUCUGGAUUGGCUUCCAAACUGCCGCUGAGAGCAGUCAAUGGGCGCAUCUCCGAGCUGCUGCAGGGGAAUGGAGGCGCUCGGGGUUUGCAGAUCCGGGCUGGACCCGAUGCGGAGGAGCGCAGUGGGGCCCCCGUGGAGGACAAGCCUGCAGCAGCGCACCUGCUGCCCUCGCCCUACAGCAAGAUCACCCCACCGCGGAAGCCACACCGGUGCAGCAGCGGGCACGGCAGCGACAACAGCAGCGUUCUGAGCGGGGAGCUCCCGCCGGCCAUGGGGAAGACUGCCCUCUUCUACCAUAGUGGUGGCAGCAGCGGCUACGAGAGCAUGAUGAGGGACAGCGAGGCCACCGGCAGCGCGUCCUCGGCCCAGGACUCCAUGAGCGAGAACAGCAGCUCUGUGGGCGGCAGGUGCCGGAGCCUGAAAACCCCAAAGAAACGGUCCAAUUCAGGUUCUCAGAGACGGAGGCUCAUCCCAGCAUUGUCCCUUGAUACCUCCUCCCCUGUGAGAAAACCCACCACCAGCACAGGGGUCCGCUGGGUGGAUGGCCCCUUGCGGAGCACCCAGAGGGGCCUCGGGGAACCCUUUGAGAUCAAGGUCUAUGAAAUCGACGAUGUGGAGCGCCUGCAGCGGCGACGCGGUGGCGCCAGCAAGGAGGUCAUGUGCUUUAACGCAAAACUGAAAAUUCUGGAGCAUCGCCAGCAGAGGAUCGCAGAGGUCAGAGCCAAGUACGAGUGGCUGAUGAAGGAGCUGGAGAUGACCAAACAGUACCUGAUGCUGGACCCCAACAAGUGGCUCCGUGAAUUCGACUUGGAGCAGGUGCUGGAGCUGGAUUCCCUGGAGUACCUGGAGGCCCUGGAGUGCGUCACCGAGCGCCUGGAGAGCCGCGUCAACUUCUGCAAGGCCCAUCUCAUGAUGAUCACCUGCUUUGACAUCACCUCCAGGCGCCGAUAAGGAGCGGCAGAUCCCCGGUCCACCAGUCCCCUUACUCCCCAGAGGGACGUCACCCUCCCCCAGGCCCUCUGUGCUGGCGGCACCCCAAAGACUAUAGAAUGAGGAUGAAGGUUGGUGGCAAGUCUGGAGGGAGCGUUGAGCGGAAGGCGAGUUUUCUUUUGUUUUCUGAAGUAGGGAAGGUGCAAACCCCGAACACGUGGAAGGAGAGAAUGAUGGGAAGCCCAAGGGACGUCAGAGCCCCGUGAGACUGAAAUAAAAGCACUUUGAGGAACUUAACUUGUUUGUACAUAAGAACUGCUGGCAAAGAGACCUCUCUCUUGUCGUGCUUUCGUGAGGGGGAGGGUGGAUGGAGGAUUGCUGUGGAAAGCGAAAACAAAACACCCACGACAAGAUGACCCAGGAUGACGGAUUAAGUGCCUUGCAAAUCUUUAUGAUUACCCAAACAUUUGUGUUCAUACUCUUCUCGUGUACAGAUGGUGCUAGUCAAGACGCAAACAACAAAACCCACAGAAGAGAAAAAUCCCACGCGUUUUUGAAAUGUACUCAUGGCUCGUUUUUCUCUUGGUGUUUUAUCCUAUUUCUGACUUGCUGUUUGUAAGUAAGUUGUGUUUGUAGAGCUAUUUCCUAACCAGUAUUGCAUACGAAUAAAUGUUAACUGUCUUAAAUGACGAUUCUGGUAAGGCCACUCGGACAGAACAGAGAGACUUUCAUCCACACAAGCAAAUGUGUGUUUCAAAAAAAAAAAAAAAAAGGUUUUGGGAAGGCAGGUGGUGCUCAGUGCCUCCUCCCACGAGCAGCAGGUCGGCCAGCAGACCCAGAGGGCGGCUGAUCGUGGAGCAGCGUGAGUGAACUUGAGCCAUCAGGAGAGGAGACAGGGCUUGCAUCUCUAAGGGAGAAGUUGUCCUUUGUGACCUGGGCCAGACUUCUCCAUGUAGGUAGGCGUUUGUUCCAUAUCCAGCCCCCCAUCCUCAUCCUUGCCCCACCCAUCCAGGGUUUUUAAUGUUCCUCAAAACAAGUUCAUGCUCAUUUCUAUUCCAAAGACUCUGGAUCGAAAGCUUGAAUCAAUUCAGCAGAGCCAUAUUUGUUUGUUUGUGAGUUUUAUGGAUUUAAUGAAGUGGCAGUGGGGGCCGGGGAGCAGGGUGGUGACUUUGAGUUGAGAGGCUUCUUCUGCUGGUACGUGCUUAUAGACUCCAAUCACGUUGCUGUAGAAGGAGAAGGAGGCUAGGGAGUACACAGCUUUUCUGUUAUCCAGAGUCCUGCCGAGAGCAAGAAGUUCAGUUCUUCCCUGUCCCGAAGCCUGCAUACCACCUAGGGACUAGGCUUGUUUCCUAAAGCUUGGCACCCAAAGGCAGAGAGACGUUCCUCCUCCCUAAAUCCCACAACUAUGGGCAGGCAGAGUAGAGUUGAAUGAAUAUGAAUAUCCAGAUCUUGGAUCCCAAAACCUCAUUCUCAAAUUGCAAAAGUUCCCUUCAGGAUUAUUAUACCUGUGUUAGGGACAAAAACUUGAGGCACAGAUCCACCAAGGGCAUUGAGGUCCUGAGAACUGUUCAUCUUUGCCUUCAAAUGCAGCUGAGCUUCGUGAGCCUCUUUCCAGGCUAGUUGUCCCCACUAACCAAUUUCUCAGCCCAAACUCCCCACCAUGGAAAAUUAGCCUUUGCAUUUGUUGGUUGUGCCUCUGUGUUGGUAGCCCAAUAUAGCUGUCUCACCAGCCAGCGGGGCUCAGCUAGGUUCUAAACAGGAACUGAAUUCUUAGGAGCAUCAGAGCACCGGACUUGUAACUCAUCAUAACAGGGCACAGGAGACCCAUUAGCUCUCUUGCUUUGGAAGUCAGCCCCAUGGACCAACUCCAUGGGUCACGAGUCCAGCUUUGCACACUCUGUAAGAGUCUGCUUCUAUGCAAAUGUACCCACACAAGAUCUGCCUGAAUAUGCUAGUUGAAUGGGCUAAAAUAUGGUGAAAGGGGUCAUUUUCCUCUUUGUGCAUCCUACAAGUUAAACAAGUGUGUUACCUUAGAAGUAGAGACUCCCCUAACUCCUCAACCCAAACCCAUUCUGCAGAGUUCUGGGACUCUGAGCCCACCUCUGGCCUCGCAGUACUUGCAUGCAUUGGCUUGCUUAACAACAUUCUUGGAAACAUGGACCCCAGAGGAUGCCAUUGCUUUGAGUUGGUUUGUUUGUCCUUUGGUAUACCUUUGGAUUGCUAGUUUGAAAUAUACCACUUCAUGAAAAGCCUUUCUUUGAGAAAUUUUCAAAGGUGAGUAUGCCUUGUUUUUCUGUUGUGAACAAAUACAUUUUGAUAAGUCAUCAGUGAGCUUGGCUUUUGCCACUGCCACAUUCUCCCUUAGCCCUGAGGUCCUCAUGCUGCGGUGACUUCCUUUAGAAGGUCACUGACAGAGCCUGGUGCCUUUGCUGGAGUGAGACCAAGCAGAACAGUGAAUUAUCUCCUAGGGAGUGGCCUUCAGCUUGCUUCCUGCCUAAAUGUGUUUAUAUACAUUUUUAACAACUUCAUGAUAUAACAAAAGGUUGAUAUUACCCACAGUGAUCUUACCAAGUCAGAUUGACUUCCCAAGAGAUCCCAUCAUGGAACAUCCCCAGGAUCCCGUAGGCCAUGGUAUAGGAGAACAACUGCCUGGGAAUUGUUGUCCAUUCUCUUUCUUUUUUUUUUUUUCUUUUUCUUUAUUUCUCAUCAUAUUUUACUUACUUAACUGAAAACAUUUUCAUUUACCAAGAGUUGAUAAACCAUGUGAAGAAGUCAUGCAUUUGACAUUAUGAUGAGCUUGUUCCUGGCUCUAUGAAUUGACGAUACAGAUGAUGAUCUUUGAGCAUAAGAAAGAAGGUACUAUAACCAAAGCAGCCCCAGUAACCAAAGGAUGUCAUUUAGGGUCCAGAUGGGAGUUGGUUCCAGGUCUCCUUUUGGUUUUAGUGACACAGAGCCCAAGAAGGCUAAGGGAACACCCGAGAACUGAUUUCUGUUUCAUUACACACAAAUGAAAUGUCUCUUUGAAAUUCACACUUAGAGGCAUAAACCUUACUCAAUUCCUUGUCUGAAACUUAUCCCACCAACUCCUGCUCCAAAUAGUUUAGUGUGAAGUAGAAACAUUGCCAGCAGAACAAAACUGAGAUUCAAGAAAGGGAACUAGAGACCAUUUCCCCUGGAGUAGAUCCACAUUGCAUUUCACCAUGGUGUUUUAUGCUGCAAGGUAGCCAUAGUUUGCUUCUUCCUGGGCUUUCAAAUCCCGACCUGAGAGCUGGAAGCUUUGAUCUUCUUGUCCUUGAAUUCCUCUUGACAUCAUGAGAAACUGUCUCAUCUCUUCCAGAUCUGAAUCAGCACACCUCUCUGUUGUUUUAUCUGCAAUUGCUAUUCUGAACAUGGGGGAAACUUCAGAUGCAAAUGCAGAGAGUCCUGUGAACUCAAACAAGGAUCCCAAGCAGGGAAGGGAUUCCAACUGAGAUUUUUUUUAAAAAGUAUCACACACACACACACACACACACACACACACACACAGCCAAAGGGGCUCAGCUAGGUUCUAAACAGGAACUGAAGUCUUAUGAGCAUCAGAGAACCUGACUUGUAACUCAUCAGAACAGGACACAGAAGACCCAUUAGCUCCCACCAAAAAAAAAAGGGGGGGGGGUGCGUUUGGCAGGCAGGAAUUUGGCCCAGUUUGUCGUGAAGUAUCCUAAAGCGGGAUGUCUGAUCACAGACACUUAUUCCAUCCACAGUGGUGGUUCCAAAAAAAAAAAAAGUCUUUUUAUACACACAUCCAAGUCUUGUGCUUGCUCCAAAGAUUUUCAUUCCAUGAUUGGAGUUGAAGGAGAAGGGAAUUUGUGCCCACUUGGGUAUGUAUCUCAUGUCCUUAUAAACUAGCCACCUUCUUUAGGCUUCAAAUUCUAAUACUCAUCAUUAAUUUGGGUUCAUCCACAAGCCUUCAUCACAGAUGUGUCUAUUUGAAAUCAUCCACCCGACCUUGACUUCUUGGGAUAGAAGGCAGGUCUGGCAAGGGCCCAUAAUUUGUUCAAAGCAAACACAGUUGCUGAUGUCACUAGCAACUGCUGAUCUAUACUCAAGCCUUCCAAAAUAAUGAUGUGAUGACUGUUUUUAGGUUCUUUACUCCAACAAGAAUUUCAGCUAUAAAAAUUACUAGAGAUUAAUUCAUUCCGAAAUCGAAUAUGAUUCAUGAAUUUAGUCAUUCUUCCCUGCUGGAACAUCAUUAGCCCACUUUUUGAGCAUAUGCAAAAAUAUCUCCUCACUUUUCAAGGCAACAUCUAUCUUAAACCCUGCAACCAGGCCAGUCAGAAACAGGCUGGAAGUCCCGUGUGCUAUUAGUUGAUGCUCUCUAAACCACCCGUGCCCUUGUUCCUGGGCUCACUGCCUCUGCCUGGACAUUGCUUUCCACAAUGCAAAGGACACUCUAUAGGGCCACCACAUAUGAGACUUCCAAGCAGGGAGAAAAAGAACAGUUCAGGCUGCUUUACUCUAGGUGACGAAGCCAGGCAUUCAGCUUCACUGGAACUGCCAGUCUAAAAUUGGUUUGGCCAUGUGGCAUUCUUUGGAUCUUAGUAUAUCUUUCUUAUCCUCCAAAAUGUGUCACAAUUUGUGGGUUAAAUCUCAUAAAUUGUGUCACUUAGCAAUCUUUCUGACAAAAUGACAUAUUUCUAAAACACAAACUGUUUCUUAUUUCUGCAGUAAUAAAAGCAGAACUCCAAUCCAGGAGAAGCUAUUAAAACUUAAGCUUCUCAUCUCAAAAAAGUAUUUUGAUUUUUGUGGGGUUUUGUUUUUGUUUUUUUAAUUUUAAGUCCCAAGAGCGAAUUCACCCAUCCCUAAACAAGCAUAUUCUGCUUUUGGGUGGCCCUACUCAGAACCUGAGGUAUGGUCUUGACAUUGGACAUAAACUAGUGCUUGAGGCAGUAUCACAUCAACAUUGCAUCUUAUUUAUAUUCUCUGAAUACAGUUGUUUCCCGUGUGCAUUGGUGACUCAGAUACUGGUACUCACACAUCUAUUUUAUGUAUCACACAGAAGUUACCUUCAAAACUGGCAGAGUCAGGCUGGGAUUGUAGCUCUGUGGUAGAGCACUUGCCUAGCAUGUAUGAGGCACUGGGUUUGAUUCUUAACACCAUAUAUAAAUAAAAUAAACGACCACCUACAACUAAAAAACUAUUUAAAAAAGAAAACUAGCAGAGUCUUCAUCUCUAACAUCCCACAUUGUCAUACCUAAUUUAUGAAGACUUAUGAUUUAUUUUUAAACUCAGGAUGUUGUUUUAUAACCCUGCUUGUGUUUUAGAAUUUCUUUAUACAUCAUGGUUGGAAAUGGUCUCCCUUGCUAUGCAUUGAAGUGUAAGCCUGGUGGAUAUGUCUGUGACUAUGUGAGUUUUUGUGUGUGUGUGCUUUUGUUUUCAUUUUUCUGUUUUUCUGCUUUUCUCUCCCUGGCAAAAUCUGUCAGCAGAGACAUGAGCAGAGGUUGGGGGAGAUAAAUAAAUCAGGAGAACAGGGAUUAGGGUCCAGUCCUCAGAGUACAGGGCUUAAUUCAAAAUCUCAGCUGUUUCUAUAGUAAGUAACCAAAGGGGAAAGGAUCCUUCCUUUUGACUUGGAUGAUAAUGAGCUUAGAAAUCAGCUUCCACGGGCCUGGGUGGAAGAGGAUUCAGCUUCUUUUACUGGUUCAACAUCAAAUUCCUGAGAAAAGUGCUGACAGCAUUAAGUUCCCACAUUUCCUCAAGACUCUCAUUCCACCUGCAUAGGUACUACUGACAGGGGUUGGGAAAGCAACGACAGGUCCUCACCUUGGAUAUAUCAGAGCAGUUUUUUUCUGGAGCAACCAAAGCACUUUAGUGAGUCUUACAACCCGUAAUACUUAAGGCAUCUUGUCCCUUGCUGGAUCCCUGAGUGGCAGGGAAGGGCUGGGGCCAGUAGUUUCAUUUGAGAGGCAACUAAAACUAGGAGGAAAGCCUGGAGCCCCAGGAGGAGGUGACCAGGGGCCACGCCUGGUUCAUCACUAGCUAUGCAACUUGGGUGAGUUGCUUCAUUUUGCUGUGAAAGGUUGGGGUCAUCAUAGCUGUCCUUCUAGGAUCGUGUAAAGAGGGAAAACAGUGGCAAAACUGAUGGGGGAUGGGCUUUGAAGAAAUUAAAGCUCUCUUUAGGAGCUGGGGAGAAUCAUUUCUAGAUAAAGAAACUGAUGUCAAUGGUCAUCAAUUGGCCCAAGUACACAGAACAGUUUUAUAGCAGAACCGGACUUGAGUCCAGGACUUCCUGUUAGAUGGUGCUGCACCAGGUGUGUGGACAGGAACACACAUCAGUCCUCUGUACUGCUGUGUGUGUACAUAUGUAGAUGCGUGUGUGCAGAAGGUAUGUGGCAUGGCAGAAGAGCACAGGACAGAAAACCUGAGUUCAGAUUCCAGUUUCCACAAUAGUCCCAUCUAUGUACACCUUGUCAACAUCUCUGGAACUGUUUUCUAAUUUGUAAAAUGAGGACAUUGUGCUACAUGAUCUUUGUGGUUCCUUCAAGCCCUGGUUCUAUGAUUCCAUGAUUAGUAAUGUAUGUAUGUAUAUAUAAAUAUGCUUAUCUGUAGAAAUGGACCCAUUUGAAGAUUGGAGACAAGGCCUGCCCAAGUGCAUUUAUUGUGUCAGAAACAGUGAAUUCACAAACAUAUUCAAAAAAUUCUUAUUUGAAGUCAACGGUGGUAUUGAAUGUCAUUGUUUGAAAUUCACUGUUUGGAUAGAAGAUUGGUGCUGUUUUUAAAAUUAAGUUCUUAGCUCAUAAGUGUUUGCUGUUAAAUUUUUUUUUUUUUAAAUAAAGCUCAUUUGUUAAGGUCAGAAAAUUAACUCUUCAGUACUUGGGCGGGUCCCAGCAGCCUAUUUGCAGGCUGGAUUUUGUGUAUGGGCCUUUAUAUAGCUCUAUAAAAAUUAGCUGUUGGCUUGGUCAUGAUAACUAUGAACAGGCUACCUGGAGAACAGUCUGGAACAGAGUGUUACAUAGUUCUCACAAACUGGUGACAUGAAUCCAUUGAGCUGUGUGCCAUUCCUGUGUGAAGACAUUGUUUGCUGGCUACGAUCUCUGACUUUUUGUGGCAUAUGAGGUGUAAAAUGUUGUCAAAAAAGAAUCUGGUGUUUAAAAGAAUCAAACUAUGGUGGCAUUAAAUGUUCACUCUUAUUCUA